UAGCGGCCCAACUGGGCAUGCUCAGAGUCGGCCAGCGGGGGCAGGUUUGCAUUACAAGCCUUUGCACUCCGCGGCUGGCGGGCGGCUGCAGCUGGAGCCCCAGUGACUGGAGUUGGAGUUGCCGGGAGUUUUCCCCCCUUACCCCUCCCUAGCUGCGCGCGCGGGAGAAGGAACCCGAGCGGAGGAGCCAGUCCGGGCCCGACCGAGCCUUCCCUGCUGGAGCCCAGUACCCCACGAGGGAUAAACCUUACGGACAGAGGCGACUGGAGCUGGGGCGCGUGCCGCGCACUUGUACCUCUGGGAGCACGAGCGGCGUUACAAGAAGAGAGCUGAGUUCCAGAGAAGUUGUGUUUUCCCAGAGCAGGAGAGGUGCGGAAUUACUGGGUAUCCAUUUUUGAUCUACAAUGAGUGCUAAAUCUGCAAUCAGCAAAGAAAUUUUUGCACCCCUUGAUGAGAGGAUGCUGGGAGCUGUCCAAGUCAAGCGGAGAACGAAGAAAAAGAUUCCUUUCCUAGCAACUGGGGGUCAAGGCGAAUAUCUAACUUACAUCUGCCUGUCAGGGAGAAUUUCAGGACCUGCAGAGAACAGACCCGCAAGAUUUCUCAGCUAUAAGGGAAAACCAACAAAGUACAAAGAACAAAUGACAAACAAAAAGCCCACACAGGCAUCUAUCACAAAGGUCAAACAAUUUGAAGGCUCCACAUCUUUUGUACGAAGGUCUCAGUGGAUGCUUGAUCAGCUUCGUCAGGUUAAUGGUAUUGAUCCUAACCGGGAUUCUGCAGAAUUUGAUUUGCUAUUUGAAAAUGCUUUUGACCAGUGGGUGGCUAGCACAGCUUCGGAAAAAUGCACCUUUUUCCAGAUUCUCCAUCAUACUUGUCAGCGGUACCUCACAGACAAGAAGCCAGAAUUUAUUAAUUGUCAGUCCAAGAUUAUGGGAGGAAACAGCAUACUUCAUUCAGCAGCAGACAGUGUGACAAGUGCAGUGCAGAAGGCCAGCCAGGCCUUGAAUGAGCGUGGGGAAAGGUUAGGUCGAGCAGAAGAAAAGACGGAAGACAUGAAGAACAGUGCCCAGCAGUUUGCUGAAACUGCUCACAAGCUUGCCAUGAAGCAUAAGUGCUGAAGUACUUACUGCUUAUCCUGAUGACCCUCCCAAGAGAAAUGAAAAAGAUUGGUUCAGCAGUUUUUACAAGAAUUACAAAAUUCCACCUGCUUCUUGUUGCCAAUUCUUUGGAAAUUGGUUUAUGUUCUGUUCAGACAUUAGUACUGGGGGGAGGGGAAAUAUGUUGUGGUUUUACAUUUCUGUAGUGACCUUAAGAAAUGCUGCACUAUCUUCAAUUUGGGGGUAAGAGAAAGAUUGUGGGGUUUUUUUUCGUAUUUUUCCCAAAAAUGUCUUGGAUGUUUUAUUUUUAAGCAAGAAUAUAAGAAAAUUGGACCAAAUAACUUGAACAUGGUGAAAACUGGCAAAAUCUGGUUUUUUCCUUGAUAUGAAACAGGAAGACAUUUUAAUUUGGCUACAUCAAAUGUUAUUGUUUCUGUAUGAAAAUAAAAUUCAGAGUGAUUAAUUUUUUUCCUCAUUUUUGUAGCUAGUAUUAGCAGAAUCAGAAAGCUAGAAUUCUGUAUCCUGGGAUAUUAAAAGUCUCUAUUAUGAAAAACAAUAGGAUUUAUCAGGGGAAACAGCCGACUUAGAUUUUGCUCUUUGCCUAGCUACUUUUUGCAUGAGCCAUCACCAGCAUUCCAAAAAGCAAAACAAAGUUGCAGCUAAGAUUCUGCUUUCUGUGUUGCAGAUUCAAUGUUUCUGCUACUUAGUUCCAGAAUGAUCUUUUUUUUUUUUUUUUUUUUUUUUUACUUUACUGUGAAAAAUAUAAAUGUGAAGUUAAAGACUUAAGGAAAAAUUUCAUUUGUAAUACAGUAGUUUCCCUGUACUAAGUACAGGAAGAGUAGUUUUAAUGACAUAUGGUUCCUUUGCCCACCAGUAGCUGGUGGGGAAAAUUGCAUUGAGUAAGGAUGAGAACUUUCAAUGUGGGAACUCCUCCACUAAUGUAUCUCUGACAUAGCAGAUAAGAAAUAAGAAGUUGCCUGAAACAAAGGGAUUAAAUGAUUUGCUCAGUUGCUUAACAAAGGUCAGAAGGAAGAGAUUUGAAGCUAAAUUUUUCCUUACUCCCAAAGUCCAGCUUUUCAUUCACUGCUCCCUUACACUCUAGUGGGAGAGAUUAAAACAAACAUAUCAAUUAGCACAGAAAUGGCACUGUAUGAUAAGCCAUAAGAGUGAUACAACCAAAGUACUAUUUCUGAGAUGAGAGGGAACGUCUGUUUGAGGUGACAAGAAAAGACUGUAAAAAAUAGAAGGUAGCGGUUUGCCACCUCUUCACCCCUGAAGAAUAUCUUAACAAUUAGGGUAAUUUCUAAAAUAUUUGUUGAUGUAAAAGGGUUUUUUAGCAUCCUCCUAAAGUGAAAGUUUUUAGGGUACAACAAAAUUAUUCUCAGAAAUCAGGUCUCAAGCAUUUAGUGAUAGGCCUAAUGGUGUCUGUCCCAUAUUUAAAGGGCAGCAUUUUCCUACUUAGACAGAAACUUGGGAUACAUGUGUGAACAGAGGCCUAAGUCUCCUAUUACUCUAAGACAUCUUCAAACAAAGACCAGAGGUAAUUAUAGUGUAGAGAGAAAAUCUUGAUAAAGUAUAGAUUUUGACUGAAUGAGUUCUAAGAUUUCCCCCCCCCCCCCAGUUCUUUCAUGCUUUGAUUUAAGUUGCAAUAAUUUGAGAAUUAGUGAUUAUUCCUCUCUCACUUUCUCUCCAUCUCUCUGUCUCUCUCUCUUUCCUCAUUGUCCCAUACUUAUUUUUGUUUUGCUCUUUAUGUGCUGGCUUCAUUAGUAUAAGGAAUGCCCAGCACAAAAACUGGUACAGAUAAAAAUCUGUACAAAUAAGGAGAAAAAAUUUACAUUUAUACCCUUUUCUCUCUGUCCAUGAAAUGGUCUAUUUUAGAGUAGUUAUCAUAAUUUCCUUGGACAUUCUUUGUGUUCAUACUGAUUUGAUUUUCACUUUUUUUUUUUUUUUUUUUUUUUUUUGCUAUUUAUUUCUUGUAAUUUAAAUCAUGGGGAUUUUAACAAACCACUUCUCAUGAUCAUAACAACCUAGGCAUGAUACCUAUUCCAUCACUUGCAGAUUAGAAUGGGUUUUAUUCACAUUCUUCCUUAAAUCUAAGACUGUGAUAGUAGAGAUUUUUUUUUCCCACCAAGAGUUAAAAUGCUAUGUAAGAAAUGAUGCCUUCUCUUCUCCAUGAGAACAUGCUGCCCAGCAUAUUCCAGAUUAUUUGCCUUCCCAGGUUCUCAUUGAAAUGCAUUGAUUUUUAAAUGUUUGAUUCUUCUAAACUCUAUUUCUUCCUUCUUCCUAUUGAGCACAGGGUCAGUAUAGUCCAAGAGUGUUUGGUGUAGAAUCCAAGUAAUCUUUCAUGUUAAAAAAGAAGGAACUGCAUUAUUGAUGUCCAUUUAAGCAGCUUCUGUGUCCUGAUAAAACAGUCUCAGGGACAAAGAAAAUUGUCGUUAUUGGAAAACAGCUCUCUUUCACAAUGUUGGCAUGUCAGAAAGAAGUCAGAAUCUAUUUGAGAUGAAUUUUUGAAUCUUCUUAAGGAGACAACCCAAUUAAAGAUAUAUCCUUAUAAAAGUAAGGUAUUUUUAGUAGCAUUUUGUAUUAUUUUCCUUUGGGGAUCUGAGAACCUUAAAAAGUUAGUAAACUAUUAUCUAAGAAACAAAACUGGAGGCCAUUAAAGUUGCUAGUCAUAGAAGCCACAUGUUAAAGCAGAUAGUUGUGCAAAAUAUAUUGUAUAGGAUAUGAUCAGAUUUAUUAGGAGACUUGAAAAAUAUUUUGACCUAAUAUUUUAUACUGGCUUUUCAGCUUUGUCAGGAAAAGACACAAUAGGUCUUUUUUCUUGCUAAGGUUGUUUGUUUUUAGAUUGUAUACUUUCUAGGAAAAUGCUUUUAAAACAAAACCAAUAAGGACAGAGGAGGAGGGGGAGAGAGAGAGCAAUAAACAAAGAAACAGACAAGAGACAGACAGAGAGAAAGAGACGGACGCUGCCUAUGACAAUUUUUCAAUUGUUCAUUCUGCAAGAUUUAUUAAGUGCUUACUAUGUAUCAAGCACUGUCCAAGUUGCUGGAAAUAAACUCAGUAGUUUUUGGGGGGUCAUUAAAUAUGGACGUAGGGGAGGGAGGAUAUAAUACAAUUAUAUACAUGUGUGAACACCUCAUAGUCACUCAGGUGGCACAUAAAAUUGAAGGGAAAAAAGGCAGAUAUAAAGACCUACGUCAACCAAACUUUAGAGGAAUCUGUUGCCAAUUAUUUGGUGAAGCUGUCUCAGAAAGAUUCAUGUUGAUAAGGUUAUAUAAUACAUUGUGAGGUUUUUUUUUUUCCCCAGGUUGAAUAAAGAGUCUUCUUAAAUGAAAGUCUGAAAUAGCUUCCCUCCAUUUCCCUUAAUGCCUCUUGAAAGUUUUGAGUGGGGGACUCCUUGUUGAGAAUGGUCUUGUUUAAAAGAAAGCCUAGUCCAACCCUUUCUGGCUUCUAACACCAAUUUUUUUAAUGACCGUGCCUAUGUCUUAAAAAUGUUACCAACUUCUAUUAGGAUAGCGAUCUCUGUUCUAUUUCCCAGGGCUGCUAUGAAGAAUCACAUGAAGAUUGUGAAAUACUUUGAGCUCUUCUAGAGAAGGUGUUUCAAUAGAAGGUAUUCAUGUAUUACUCAUGACCUAAGGCCAAGAACUUAAAGAGACUUGAAUGGUUUGGGACCAAUUCAAUUUACUGAGCUAAAGAGAUUUUUAACAUGUGUUUGUUUCAUUCUUGCUAUUCUCUACAUUUAUGGGUGUUGUAUUUCUGAUGAAACUCUUAAACUGUACCAACAACCAAACCAUCCUAAAGAGAAAAUUGUAGUGUGAUAGCUUCUUCCCAAAAUUUAGCUAUAGCCUCUCUUACUAGUAUUAUUAGAUAUAUGUCUACAGAAAGUAUACAGUUAUUCAGGUUAAUGUUUCAUAUUAAAGAAUGUAUUUGUAAAAUGUAACAAGAUUAGUAGUCAACAUUUUUUAAGCUUUGCAAAGAAUUAAAAAAAGAUUGUGUUAGAUUUAAAAACUACAGUGAAAUCUGUCUUAACACUACUUUUGGGCUAGCAAAGGUCACAUAUUCAUGUGAAAUUAUUAGCAGAAUGUCCUAAACAAGUAAUCUUAAAGGUAAGUUUUGCUCUAAUUUGCCAAAUUGUAAAUUGCCAAUAUCUGUUGUACAGUAAUUAGUUCCUCAAGAAGUUCUCCAGGACAUAAAACAUGAUUUUGUUUUCUUUAAAGAUAAGUUCAACUUGAUAUGUGUAUUCAUUAUUGCAAACACCAAUUUUGUCAUUAAAUAUUUUCUCUCUGUGAUGCAA